GCCAAUUAUUUAUUUUUGAACAAAAUUUGUCUCAUGAGUUCCAGAUGCACGUUUCUGCUUCAAUAUUUCAGCGACCGGCAUAUUCUAUUAAAAGAUGAGUGGCUAACGACAGUUAUUGAGUUUUUAAAUAACCAGAAACCACAAGCAAAACAUUUUGACGAUGAAAAAUUUGCAAAUCUGGUGUUGGAUCAAUGGAUUUGUUCGAGUAUUGAAAGUUCAUCGUUUCCCGUAUUUGGCAACCAUGGAAUUGAAGAGACCGUUGCGAAACAAAACCUUCAAGGUCCAAUCGUUUGUCAGAUUAAUGGGUUCAUUGAUGUCGGCAGUCCAUAUUAUCAACAGUAUUGUUCAAUGAGUGGGAAUGGACAAAAGGAAGACCAAUCUGGCUUUGAAAAAGUAUUCCACGAGAAAGACAACGAUACCGAUCAGAAACCUUCACGUCUUUUGAAACUGACCCUAUUUGAUGGAGAAACAACGUUGAAGGCGAUUGAAUUUUGGAAAUGUCCCCAGCUCUCUCUACAUUAUAAACCUGGAACCAAAAUUCUUAUCGUUCCACCAUGUGCAAUUCGAAAAGGAACCUUUCUGUUGAAGCGAAAUAAUUGUAAAGUUCUAGGUGGACAAGUUCUUCCGCAAUUAAAUUCGUUCGUACCAGUAGAUCAAUAUGCACGACUUUUGGGUAUCAAAAGUUUAAACCUAUCUGCGAAAAAGAAGGAAGAAGUUAAAACAACUAUGAAUUCCAAUACGGAUAGUAUUCGAACUGUCACUAACUCUGUCAUUGAUUCUUCUUUGCCGAAAUUCAUUGAUCGUCCUGAUCCAGUUCAGCCUGCUUCAGGUCCAUCUUCGUUGAUCAGUAGAUAUUUUCAAAAGAAACAAUGCCCACCUUCCACUUCAAAAGAACCAGAAACGCGUGAAAUAUCCCCUGAUAUUUUUAAUGACGAGGAUGGUGAUUAUGACUUUGAAAAUGAGAACAUUGAAUAUGAUAAUCGUCAGUCAACUUCCAUGAAAGCUAAAAAUGAUUCAGUUCUUGUUUCUUCUCUAUUGAGUAAAAUGAAAGAUGACACGGAAGAUUUUGAUUUGAAUCGGCGAAUGACCAAUCGAUCACCGAAAAAGCGAAAUUCAAUACGCUCACCACCGAUGGAUGUCACCCGUCGAAUAUCUGGAAUGCUAACAUCCCGUAGAGUCGAUCCAAUGGACGAAAUUCUUGAAAAUAUGAUUGAAAAAGAUGAGGAACCAGUGUCCUGCCCUUCGACAUCAACGAAAAAUCCAUUUAAAUCAAUAUCACAACCACCAAAGAAGAAAAUCAAAUCAGAACCAGAAAGUGAUGAUGAUAUUCAAAUUAUUGAAUUAGUUUCCCCGUCCCAACCUGUCAAAAAGGAAAAAUUAUUUGAAGAGGAAACUAUAAACUCAGAGCUUGAUGAAGAAAAUACUCGAAUGAAUAGUGAAGAACGUCAAGCUAUGGAUGCAUUCUCUAAGCUUAAUUUGUCAUCAUUGGCGGAAAGUAUGAAGAAAAUGAAAUAUUCAAUAGGAUCAAAACGAUUUAUUCUUCUUGCUUUCAUUGAAGAUAUAACAGAACAAUUGCGAGUUGUUGACAAAAUGUGGACAAUGAAAGUGCAUUUAAAAGAUUGUUGGACAUCCGUUAAUGCAUUAAUUGACAAUCGAACCCUUCAAAAUCUAAUUGGAUUUUCCUGUGAAGAAGCUUCGACAAUUCGAAAAUCCAAAGAUGCGGAAAAGAGGUUAAAUGGAAAAAUGCGGCUGAACGCUUUGGAACAUCAGUUGCAAAGAUUGGAUCUUGUUUUCGAGAUCGAAUUCUUCGCUGGUACAUUGUCGCCUUGCCCCGUCGUAAGAUCAAUUAAAACAUUAUCAGAGCUAAUCGAUGUCUAUUGAAUAAUUUUUCAUGUUUUUUCUGUUACAUGUUCGAGAAUUAGGUUACAUUCAAUUUUAUUAUCAAUAUUAUGUGCUCACCAAUUCGAUGGGUCAGUUAUGAUGUCUUUAAGAUUUGUAUGAAUAUUCACAGAAUACAGUAUGUA